GAAACGGGCCUUCUCUCCGAUGGCAACAAAUAUCUCGGCUUCGAAUUUCUUCUUCUCCAAGCCAAUCUCGUCUACAUAAAUCUAUUUAUCUUACAGCAUUCUCGAUUCCGGAAGAACCCUAAGUCUCCUCCGCAGGAAGCAUGGCUCAGAAAUGUGCGAUUGGUUUAAUUUCAGCCCUAGCAGCUUCAGCUUCUCUUGCGCAAUCGAAAGUCGCUGCUGCAGAUGGUCCUUUCACUUUCUCUGGACUCUCUAAUUCUCCUCCGCCUUCUGCGAAUCCUCAGCAUCAGACUGCUUCUUCUUCUCCGUCGUCGCAAACUCCGUCGACUGCUGGUAAAGAAUCUUCUGCUCUUCCGCGGCCUCGGAAUGAUAAUCCGAGGACGAGUUCCGGUGGUUUCGAUCCGGAGGCGCUGGAGCGAGGAGCUAAGGCCUUGAAGGAAAUCAACAAUUCCUCUUAUGCGAAAAAGGUUUUUGAAAGUAUAAAGCAGCAAGAAGAGACAAAGCAAACUGAGUUUGCAGCCAAGGCGCAAGAGUUUAAAGCUAUGCAAGCCCAAUCUGAAACGGAGAGGCAAAAGGUAAUAUAUGAUGAACAGAAAAAACUUUCUCAGCACCAAGCACAGACAAAAUCGCAGAUGGCCCGUUAUGAAGAUGAUUUGGCAAGAAAGAGGAUGCAGGCUGAGAAUGAGUUUCAUAGAACAAGAAAUCAAGAACUUGUGAAAAUGCAAGAAGAUUCGGCAAUCAGGCAGGAGCAAGCUCGACGAGCUACAGAGGAACAGAUCCAGGCUCAGAGGCGACAAACUGAGAGGGAGAAGGCUGAGAUUGAACGUGAGACAAUCAGGGUCAAAGCUAUAGCAGAAGCGGAAGGAAGAGCCCAUGAAGCAAGGCUCGCUGAAGAUGUAAACAGGAGGAUGCUUGUUGAUCGUGCAAAUGCAGAAAGAGAGAAAUGGGUUGCUGCUAUAAACACUACAUUCGACCAUAUUGGAGGCGGGUUGCGUGCAAUUCUAACGGAUCAAAAUAAACUGAUUGUUGCCGUUGGCGGUGCCACCGCUCUUGCAGCUGGAAUCUACACAACGAGAGAAGGUGCAAAGGUUAUCUGGAGCUAUGUGGACAGAAUAUUAGGACAACCAUCCUUAAUCCGAGAAUCAUCAAGGGGCAAGUACCCUUGGUCUGGUUCGCUUUCUCGUGCAAUGUCCACAUUACGCGGGAAGGAGUCAGCUACCAAAAAUGGAAAAGGGUUUGGUGAUGUUAUUUUGCAUCCUUCCCUACAAAAGAGAAUUGAACAGCUAGCCAAUGCAACCGCCAACACAAAAUCCCACCAGGCUCCUUUCCGUAAUAUGCUUUUCUACGGUCCUCCAGGAACAGGGAAAACAAUGGCUGCCAGAGAGCUGGCUCGUAAAUCUGGUUUGGAUUAUGCGCUGAUGACUGGUGGAGAUGUUGCUCCCCUUGGAUCUCAGGCUGUUACAAAGAUUCACCAACUGUUUGAUUGGGGGAAAAAAUCUAAGAGAGGCUUAUUGCUCUUCAUUGAUGAAGCCGACGCAUUUUUGUGCGAGAGAAACAAAACAUACAUGAGCGAAGCACAAAGGAGUGCACUAAAUGCUCUUCUCUUCCGUACGGGUGAUCAGUCCAAAGACAUAGUCUUAGCACUUGCCACAAAUCGACCUGGUGACCUAGACUCAGCUGUGGCUGACCGUGUCGAUGAGGUUCUUGAAUUUCCCUUACCGGGAGAAGAAGAGCGGUUCAAGCUUCUAAACCUCUAUCUAGAAAAGUACAUAGCUCAGGCUGGUCCAAGAAAGCCAGGUUUGUUCCACCGCCUCUUCAAGAAAGAGCAGCAGAAGAUCGAGAUAAAGGGAAUUACCGAAGAGCUCUUAAAGGAAGCGGCUGCAAAAACCGAAGGGUUUUCAGGUAGAGAGAUUGCGAAACUGAUGGCGAGUGUUCAGGCAGCUGUUUAUGGAAGUGAGGACUGUGUGUUGGACUCCAUGCUCUUCAGAGAGGUUGUGGAUUACAAAGUGGCAGAGCAUCAGCAGAGAAGAAAACUGACUGGAACCGACUGAAAAUGAGAUUUAUAUUUAAGGGUCUGUUACUGGGCUCAAAGUUUCCUGAUUGGGUUUGUUGCCGAGAUUAAAAAAAAAUCGUCACGUGCAUUCUGUUUUCCAAAGGCCAUAAUAGUGGGCUUUAGAGGGCCCAAUAUCAUCCCCUUUGUAAAGCCUUAUAAAGUCUGUUAUUG